UUGUUACUACUUUAACAUUAACAAACUAAAGAUCUCUUAUUUCAAACUGUAUGUGGCGCAAAGCAGAAACAGUUCGGGAGAGUAGUACAACGUUUCAGUUGAUAUUUCCACAAACAACAUCGCAUGAUGAACACGAAGCAUUGGAGCACGAACUAAUAUACACGUCCAUGAUUGGAGGGAAAACUUUUCACUUCCAGUAGGACGAUAUCGGAUUAUUCAGGGCCAACGACAGCUUGUUCAAAAAGUUGCAGCAUUAUCUUUAAGCAUGAGCGGUGAAUCACCAGCAAAAAAGGCAAAUAUUAUGGUUAAGAUAGGAACACACAAUGGGACCUUCCAUUGUGAUGAAGUUCUUGCCUGUUUUAUGCUCAAACAGCUGCCUCAGUACAGGGAUGCAGAAAUUUUACGAACCAGAGAGUCUAGCCUGCUAGAUGAAUGUGAUAUAGUGGUAGAUGUUGGAGGCGUGUACAAUCCAGAAAAUCAUCGCUACGAUCAUCAUCAACGAAACUUUAAGGAAUGCAUGAACAGCUUAAAUCCUCAUAAGAAAUGGAUCACAAAGCUCAGCUCAGCUGGCCUGGUGUAUUUUCACUUUGGUCAUGAGAUUCUUUCUCACCUGCUGGGUCUAUCUGUUCAAGAUCCUACAACUGAACUAAUUUAUGAUAAGGUAUAUGAGAAUUUUCUGGAGGAGGUGGAUGCCAUUGACAAUGGCAUUGAUGCUACAAAUGAGGAACCAAGAUACAAAGUGACAACAACAAUAAGUAACAGAGUUGCCCGCAUGAACCCAAGGUGGAAUGAAGAGAAUGUGGAUGAAGAUAAAUGUUUCCACAAGGCAAUGGAUAUGGUUGGGGCAGAGUUUCUUGACAGAGUCAACUUUUACAAGGCAACAUGGCUUCCUGCAAGAGAUAUAGUACUGAGGGCCCUCAACGCUAGAACAGAGACACACAGUACUGGAGAGAUCAUUUCCCUGUCAGAAGGUGGAUCACCAUGGAAAGACCAUCUCUUUACCUUGGAAGAAGAACUUGGCAUCAGUCCUCCAAUCAAAUAUGUUUUGUAUCCAGACAGUAACAGUCAGUGGAGGGUUCAAUGUGUUCCACUCAGGCUGGGGUCUUUUGACAAUAGACUUCCUUUGUCAGAAGAGUGGCGAGGUCUACGAGAUGAAGAACUGUCUCAAAAAUGUGGAAUUCCCAACUGCAUUUUUGUUCAUUCGUCAGGGUUUAUUGGAGGAAACAAAACAUAUGAAGGUGCUUUAGCCAUGGCUGCAGCAAGUCUUCAGAAAGUAGAGAGCCGAUAAGAAACAUUUGUCUGAAAAAAAUACAUGGUUAAAGGUGUGCUAAAAUAAAGGAAGGAGUGCAUGCUGCACACCUUUGAGCUCCCAA